AAUCGUGAACCACAAAUGUGUGCAUGAGCUAUUGAGCUAUGAUUAUAAUAUUAUUAUCUCAGUUGUAAACCGAAAAGCAAUUUCAAAUUUUUUUGUGAAGUAUAAAUUGACAUGAACUUAUGAGCUAUGAAUUAAUGAUUGUGAAUACUCAAUACGGAAUACAUAAAACAAUAUUAUAUAAUAUUAUAUAUUGUAAUCUAUAUUAUUAUCAUUGUUAUUAUUAUAAAGUAAAAAAUAAAAAACAUUUAUUUAUUAUUAUUACAUUCUAAUCAAAAACGAUGGUUGAUGCUAACGAAGUGGUAAAAAAUCAUAUAUUAUUAUUAUAUUAUGUUAAUUGUUGUGUCAAUUAGAAAAUUGUUAAAUACACUUUUUGUGGUGGACGAAGUGAACGACAUUAUUAAGGACUCAAUUGAACACUCAAUCGGCAGUCAAUUAUUCCAACAAAAUAUGGUAAAUAAAUGGACAGAUUCUGUAGUUGAAAACUGUCUAACGAGACUUUCGAAAUUGGCCAAACCUUUUAAAUAUAUAGUGACGUGUGCCAUCAUGCAAAAAAUUGGUGCUGGUCUUCAUUCAGCAAGUUCAUGUUUUUGGGAUAACUCGACAGAUGGUAGUUGUACUGUCAGAUGGGAAAACAAAACUAUAUAUGUAAUUGUAACCGUUUUUGGCCUAGCUAUAUGAAUACUAAAAUAAAUAGACAAUAGUUUUGUACAAACAUAAUUGCAUAUUUACACCAUUAAAUAGAAAAAUACCUUUAUAUUUUAAAAUAAUAUAAUAUGUAUGAAAUGAAAUGAAAAAAAAAUUUUCAUA